GGAGUUAUACACUAUACAGUAGCAUAUAAUAAUUAGAUAAUCCCUGUGUGUGUACCAACUAGCUCUUCUGUCAUUGGAUGGCACUGGAGUAUAUAUUGAUACAUGAGUGUGUCUGUUUCACAUGUGGGUCCCAGUUCUGUUAAAUGGUGCGUUUCACAGGGAGAGUCAUUGCGUGAACACAGCUGCCCACAAGGUCACAGGGUCAAUUUCAUCUCAGAGGACGACACUAAGCUGCUUUGACAGCUCAGUGGAUGGAGAAACAUUUACAUCCUCAUCGGGACACCAGAGGUGUCAAAGGCUACAAGUCUGAAAUGUGUGAGCGUCCGGAAAAAGACCAUAAGCAUGGGAAGACUGCCAGCUCAAAAUCUCAGCAAAUGAAGCACCGUCACCAAAGUCAAGACCAUCGCCACCACCAGCAUCAGUCAGAUGACAGUAAUAGCCCAGACACCCAUUCAACAGCAGAUGACAGCAACUGCAGUGAUCAUCACCCAAUCCAUCGACGUCAUGGUGACCAUGACAAGUCUCAUCCUUCUCACUCUCUCCGCUACCACCACAAGAAAAACCAUCUUCAUGAUUCUCUUUCGGAAACUACCUUGGGUUCCUCAACUGGUUCCUCUUCCUCCUCUUCUUCUUCUUCCUCCUCAUCAACGACCACCUCCUUUCUGUCUUCAUCUGGUUCUUCCUCGCCUUCUUCCUCCUCUUCAUUCUCAUCCUCUUCUACUGUAUCUUCCUCUUCUUCCAGCCUGGCCUCUGAGAGCAGUAGUGAGUGUUUGGAUAGCUAUCCUCUUAGGAAUCCCCGUCAUUCACAAUCCUGUACUGACAUUUCUGGGAAGCACAAAUUCUUUGACGAAGGAGACGACACAGCCCCUUUGAUACAUAAAAAAGGUCAUCCACACCGGCAGUCUGACAAACAGAAACGUGAGAAGGGCAAAUCUCCUCAUAGUGGCCAUAAUCAGGGUACCUCAAAGAAGAAACAGAGAUCCACAAGAAGCUCUGUGAAAGAUGGAAGUUUCCGCAAAGCCAAAUCAAUGGAAGCUCUCUAUAGACCCAAAGACAGAGAAGAGCAUGGAAAUGAGGGUGAGAUGGAACAGGAGUCGGGGAAAUGUGAAGCCAGGAAGAAUUUAAUGAAAGAGAAAAUGAAGUUCUCUAACUUCCUCAAUGAGAUCACUCGGCAGGUACUCAGCCCAAUGAGACUCACUACUCUUGGGGUUACAAAUGCUAAAAGACCCUCUAGUCCAGGACAGGCCUCAGCUGGAUCCAGAAAGGGAGACAGCAGCACUGACAAACCCAGACAUCAGAGAAGUCGCCGAGCCAGUUCGGAGUCAAUAAGCUCCCAGUACUCCCAUGAUAGCAAGCAUUCCCACUCGGCUCAGCUUUCCCACUCUAAAUCUUUCCAACAACACAAUCGCCAGUCUGCAGACUCACCUCAUCACAUGCAUCACAGACCCAAAAGCUGCUCUGAUAUUAGCAGUUUGAAAGGGCGUAACUCACGCUCUCAAACACCUGAGUGUCGCUCCCAUUUGUCUCCUCAUAAGGAUUACCACCAAAAAGGAGACCAUCACACAUCUGCUCACCAUGAUUCUCGGCAAGACGAUUGCUGCCCAAGUCGCCACCGUCACCGCAAAGAUCACCACACCAUAAAUCAUCAUCAUCGCCAUCACCAUGGACAUCACCACAGUCCAGUCCAUCAACACAGACGCCACAUUAGUCCCACUUCUCACCAUCACUAUGGAGACCAUCAACAUGGAGACCACUACAGCCCAACACAUCACCAAGGUAAACAUCACAGUGUAUCUCACCAGUUCCACCAUGGAGACCAUCAUGCACAUCACCAUCACCAUGGUGACCACCAUGGCCAUGCCCAUCACCAUCAUGAUCACCAUGGGGUCCACAGUGGCCAUGCUCAUCACCAUGGAAGCCAUCAUGAUCCAAUUCACCCUCAUCAAAGUCACCACUCCACACCACAUCACCAUGGAGACCAGUGCACUUCUGGCCAUCAGCACAGCAACCAUCCUAACACUUGCCCUUCUCCAACACAUCACCUUGGACACCAUAACUCAACCUGUGACCAUGGAGAUCAUCAUAGCCCAACGCGUGUGCAUCACCAUGGAGACCACAGAGAAUUGCAUCAGCAUCACUAUAGAGACCACGACAGUGACUCCCAUCAGCAUCAUCAUGAGAGCCACCACAGUUCAGGCAAUCAACAUCACCAUGCAGACUGUCAUAGUCAAUCUCAUCAACAUCACCAUCGAGAUCACAGUGAAUUUCCUUCUCAUCACCACGGAGACUGCCAAAAUGAAUCUCAUGACCUUUGCCUUGGAGAGAACCACAAAGAAGCCGCUGAACAUCUCCAUCGACACCACCACACUCCAGGCCAUCACCAUCACCAUGGAAAGCACCGGAGUGAACCUCCUGAGCAUCACCAUGGAGAUCACCACAGCCCAAGCCAUCAUCAUCACCAUGGAGACCAUAACAGUGAAGUUCAUCAUCAUGUUCAACACCAUGAAAGUCACCACAGUGAAGAUCAGCAGCAUCAGGAUGGAGACCACCAUAGUGAAUCUCAUGAACAUCACCAUGGAGAUCACCACAGUUCAGCCCAUAAGCAUCAACAUGGAGACCACCACAGUGAAUCUCAUGAACAUCACCAUGGAGACCAUCACAGCUCAGGCCAUAAGCAUCAACAUAGAGACCACCACAGUGAAUCGCAUGAACAUCACCAUGGAGACCACCACACUUCAGGCCAUACGCAUCACCAUGGAGACCACCACAGUGAAUCUCAUGAACAUCACCAUGGAGACCACCACAUUUCAGGCCAAAAGCAACACCAUGGAGACCACCACAGGGAAUCUCAUGAACAUCAACAUGGAGACCACCACAGUGAAUCUCAUGAACAUCACCACGGAGACCACCACAGUUCAGGCCACAUGCAUCACCAUGGAGACCACCACAGUGAAUCUCAUGAACAUCACCACGGAGACCACCACAGUUCAGGCCAUAUGCAUCAACAUGGAGACCACCACAGUGAAUCUCAUGAACAUCACCAUGGAGACCACCACAGUUCAGCCCAUAUGCAUCACCAUGGGGACUACCACAGAGAAUCUCAUGAACAUCACCAUGGAGACCACCACAGCUCGGGCCAUAAACAUCACCAUGGAGACCACCACGGUGGAUCACAUGAACAUCACCAUGGAGACCACCACGGUGGAUCACAUGAACUUCACCAUGGAGACCACCACAGCUCAGGCCAUAAGCAUCACCAUGGAGACCACCAUAGUGAUUCUCUUGAACAUCACCAUGGAGACCACCAUAAUGAAUCUCAUGAACAUCAGCAUGGAGAUUACCACAACACAAGUCAUCACCAAGAUCGUCACCAGCAUCACUCCAACAAUAGCCUUGAUGACCACCACAGCCACUCAAGGAGUCAUUCAGCUAACAACUCACCUUCACACAGGAAGCCACAAUCUUUGUCUAGCAAACCUGAUUCACCCAGGAAUAACAGCAGCCUCUCCAGUCAGGAUGAAGAACGGACAAGUUUCUCCGACCCAUCGUUACAUAAAGAGAAUGUACAUGAGCUGGGUAAAAUCAUGAUACUACAGGAUGAUAAUGAAGGUCUCCAUCAAAGUUUGCUGCAGACAGCAGUGAGGAUGGAAUGUUUAGGAGAGGAAUUCAUUAGCAGCCAAAAGAUGCUGGAGGCAGAACUUCAGAGGACACGCAUGGAGCUUAGUGACCUCACAGAGAGGUUUAAAAGACUACAUGACAGCUGCUCCUCCACACAACAGACCAACAGUCUUUUAGAGCAAAAGCUUCACUCAGUGACUCACAACAUGGAAGGAGAACGUGAGAGGUUGAACCAGCGUAUUUCAGAGCUGACGGAGCAGCUCUCUGAUGUGAAAUAUUCCAACAACAUGGAAGCAUUCAAUGUAACCUCUGUGGUACACAAGACCACCCUUCAUUUUCAGUCAGAUGAUGGUAUUAAUCAGAUAAUUCAUCAUCCCAUCGCUCCCCCUCCGGUACAGUUUAUGGACAACCAUAACUACGGACAGGACAAAACCCCCAGGCCGGAGCAACCUCUGGGGUCAGUUCCAGAGGAGGAGGAAUCUGACUGGUCAGAGAUGGGAGAAGAGACACCACGGUUUAUACUGACAGGAUCGAACAGAAGACAAGCAUGGAGACACCAGGAAGGAGAUGUGGACAAAGACAGUGAGUCAGGAGGUGAGGACAUUGUCAGACGACACUCUCCAUGCCCACUGCAGAUACCUCAUCUUCAGUUCACCCACCACAAUGAGAUUAUUCCAGUAGGCCAAACCGGUUCAUGCUCUUCUGCCCUCAAGAAUCUGUCUGAUGGCCUGGCAGGUGAGGGGAGUUAUAGGAUCACCACAAGUCCCAACAUUGGGUCUGCUAUUCUGAUCCGGUCAGCUAGCUUGGAGGAAAUCCCCCUGGCACGCCAUCACAUGGAAAAAGAGCUAAGAGGCACAGAGGCCAUGAUGAACCUCCACCACCCAGGGGACGAAGCUACUGAGGAUUUAGAUAAUGAGAUCAUUCAUCACUGGAGAACAAGCAAUGAUAGGAACACAGUUAUGGCAGAGGCAGAUAGCAGCCUGGCCAGCCUGCAGUCAGCCGAGUGGAUGCUCAAACACUUUAUAUGUGAAUCCCAUUCUAGUGAGGGAAGAGAGCAGGGCAGGGCCGAGAUACACGGCUGGACAGGAAAGAUUCCAGAGGAGAUGUUGACGGGAGAGCGAACAAAGCUGUAACAGGAAUGUAUUUAAACCAUAAGAUUUACUGGACUUACUUUCAUAACUUAAGACUAAUGUUCUUUCAGACCCCCAUUCCUCAGAACUUAAACCAUUUACAGUAUGGGAUUAAUGUACACUACAGUAGCUGACAUUUGCUGAUUGCUGAAUGAGGCAGAUGAAUAAAAUAUGUGCAGUAUGUACCUUGAAACAUCAGCUUAGAUUGUGUCAAUUAAAUGUAUAUUAUUAUUAUUAUAGGUGCAGAUAUAAGUAGAUGCUUUCCAGAUUUUCAACCCUGUUAACUGCAGUUUACCUUAAGUAUUCAUAUAAACAUGUUUUUCUGUUUUUUUUGGUUUUGUUUUUUGUAUAGAAGCCAUAAUUAUGCAUUUUGACCGUAUUGUCUGAUGCUAUAAACCAUUUUUUUUUCUUUUCAGUUUCUAGUCUUCCCAUCAUGUUUUCCUCUUCUAAUAUAUUAAUUGGUGUAACACAGUAUAUACUUACAAAUAAGUUAUAAAAUGUCUUUAUGUGAAUAUAUGGUGCUCAUAAAUUUGGAAUAAUUUUGUUUUCAGAUACAUUCUUUUAUUACUAUUUAUACACAUCAGUUAUACCUUUGGAAGAGACUGAACAAUUAAGUUUGGAUAUGCAUCUAUAAAGAGUAAAUCACCAUUUCAUGAAGUAAGACAUAUUUUAUUCCAACUUUAUGGGCAACAGUGUGUAUAUAUAUGUGUAUACACACACACACACACACACACACACACACACACACACACACACACACACAUAGAAUAACAUUAUUAUAUUAUGUAUUUUCCUUCUUGCUAAAUUAAUGAAGCUGCCAAAAUAAAUGCUUGCAACCGAACAAAUUUCAUUUGUGUAAAUGUCACCCCACUAACUCUGUGCAUGUAACAUCUAAUAAACCAAAUCAUUAAACAAGGA